GCACUGCUCCUAGCUUUCAUCACCAUUUUGACAAUUGUAUUCAAAAUAAUGAUUAUCUUCGCUGUUUUAAGGCCAUGGAUCUGGGCUCACAAUAAAAUUUCUUUAAACGACAACAUCACACCUCAGAUACUAAUGGUAUCCAUGGCAGCAAUUGGGUCACUUUAUGGCAUUUUAGUCAUGCCAGUGGGUGUCUUGGAGGUGAUUCAUAACGGAGAGUGGCCAUUAAGGGAAGGUUUUUGUUGGGCACGUUAUAUUUGUGAUCAAUUCCUUGGGACGACCUUCAGGAUACACGUGAUGUGUCUGUCUAUUGACCGGUACAUCGCCAUUUGCAAGCCUCUGAAAUACAGAGUAUUGACGUACAAGACAGGAUUAAUUAUGACUGACCUAUCCUGGUUAUUG